CCUCAGCUUCCCUGGAAGUCUCUAGCCAGUGUGGUCCAGUUCUACUACAUGUGGAAGACUACCGACCGCUACAUCCAACAGAAACGACUAAAGGCAGCAGAGGCAGACAGCAAGCUGAAGCAGGUGUACAUCCCCACCUACACCAAGCCCAACCCAAACCAGAUCAUGGCCCCCAGCAGCAAGCCCGGCAUGAACGGGGCACCAGGCUUCCAGAAAGGACUCAGCUGUGAGAGCUGCCACACGGCCCAGUCUCCUCAGUGGUAUGCCUGGGGGCCUCCCAACAUGCAGUGCAGACUGUGCGCCUCCUGCUGGAUCUACUGGAAGAAGUACGGAGGCCUGAAGACCCCUACACAGCUAGAGGGCGCUGCUAGAACCGGCUCUGAGACCGGCCCCCGUGGUCACAUGACCCGCCAGGAGGUGCAGGGCUUAUCGCCGUUUACUCGCAACGAGGGGCGGGCCAAGCUGCUGGCCAAGAACCGGCAGACAUUCAUCCUGCAGACCACCAAGCUGACCCGCAUUGCCCGGCGGGUGUGUGAGGACAUCCUGCAGCCGCGGAGGGCCGCACGCAGACCCUACGCCUCCAUCAACGCCAACGCCGUCAAGGCUGAGUGUAUAACCAGGCUGCCCAAAGCCACGAAGACCCCCGUAAAGACGAAGGUGAUCCCUCGGCCGUCCCUGGCCAACAUCGUGAAGGAUUUAGCCAUCACAGCUCCUCUGAAACUGAAGGCAUCCAGAGGCCCCCCCACCCCCAUCAACAGGAACCAGGCCAGCACGCCCCGCGUGGGACAAAGCCUGCUGGGAAAGAGAGGCUUUGAAAGCGCUGCAGGCGUGCCCUACCCAGCCAAUGGGAGGCCGUACACUUCAGGUAUGAGGACCACCUCGCAGUCGGUCAUCAAGAGGCAGAAGGUCAGCCAGGGAGAGGCCCCCAACCCUGUGGUGUUUGUGGCUACCAAGGACACCAGGUACGUCUCACCUUAUUACAUCCUAUAACCUCUUCAAUAAAGA